AUGGCAAAGCAGGGCAAUUUGGCCGCAAGGGUAAGUUUCACAAGUUUCAUAUGUGAUGUUGGAUGCAGGUUCCUGACUGGAGAGAUUAGGAGGGCUUCAAAGCCGCCCUCAGGUCCAGCUGGUGGUAAAGUAUCAGUGACAUGCAAGGACGACCGAAGCAGAAUCAUAUAUUAUGAAAGCCAUGAAACCGACGAACAAGGGAACUUCAAUAUGGCUGUCAACAAAUACGUUAAUGGCAAAGAGUUGCAACCCCAAUCAUGCUUGAUUAGGUUAGUGUCUUCCCCACAUGCUACUUGCAAUAUUCUGACCAACUUCGCCGGAGAACUUAAAGGCAUCAAGCUCCCGAACCGGCCUACCGUUUUAUAUCGUGAUUUAGUUCAAUAUCAACUCGGUACCUUCUUCUACACUACUCAACGGUGUGCUAAACCUGCUGCCGACCACAACCAUGAUUCAUCUGGUUGCCUUGCAAGUAAUAAUUAUUAA